AUGGAUGAGGAAAAGGAGACCCAGAGCAGUGAAGUGCUUGCUCAGUGGUCAAGGCGAUCAUGCCCAGCCUCCUUGCCCACGCCCACUCUCUGCCAACUGGCCAGGCCCUUUUGCAGACACCAACUUCCAUCGGCUGUGUCUAAGGUCAGAUUUCCGGAUCUGAGCGCACAGAUUUCAGGAUCAGCCAGAGUAUCCUGCUGCUCUUUGAAAGCCCUCCUUGGGAGCAGAUUGGCUUCCACGGCAGCUUUUGGCAUUAAGAAGUGCAAAAAUAUCCUGGUAGCCGCAAUCUGUGAGCUGGUGGGGAGCUUGGAGCCCCGUUCUCGGCAACCCGCAUCCCAUCCCCCCGAAGCUUAUUCAGCAGAGCUUGGCUCUGGGGAAGAAGGCCAAGCUGUCGCCUAUAGAAUCAUAGUUAAAACAAGGGCAAAAAAGGCUUCUGCUUCAGUUCCACAGAUGAUCAAGGAGCUUGUGUUUCUUAGCCAGAAUUUUCUAGAUCCUUUGGCUGGAACCAUCUGGAUAGUUGCCUUCUGUGUGGUUCUCAGGAGGUAG